ACACACUUAUAUAGUACAUAUAUAAAUAUACAUCAUAUUCUUCUACAUCCUCAUAGUCCCAUGUUUAUAGAUAAGAAAUUGAUUAGAUUUCAAUUUUGAAGAAAUGGGGAGAUCACCUUGUUGUGAAAAAGCACACACUAACAAAGGUGCUUGGACUAAAGAGGAAGACCAGCGUUUGAUCAGCUACAUCCGAGCUCACGGCGAGGGCUGCUGGCGUUCCCUUCCUAAAGCUGCAGGAUUGUUGAGAUGUGGCAAAAGCUGCAGAUUGAGAUGGAUAAACUAUCUGAGGCCUGAUCUCAAGAGAGGCAAUUUCACCCAAGAAGAAGAUGAUCUCAUUAUUAAAUUGCAUAGCUUGCUUGGAAAUAAAUGGUCAUUGAUAGCCGGGAGAUUGACGGGAAGAACGGACAACGAAAUCAAGAACUACUGGAACACGCACAUCAAACGCAAGCUUCUCAGCCGCGGCACGGACCCACAAACCCACCGUCCCAUCAAUCCGGCCGCGAGCAUCAACUUUCGGAGCUCGCCUGCAGCCAAAGAAAACACCUCCUCAUCAGCUGACAACACCAAGUGCAGCAGCACCACCACAGAGGAGUCCCUGCCGCCGCUGCCGGAGGAGGAAAGCGGCGGCGGUGGGAUUGAUUUGGAGUUGUCUAUAGGGAUCCCAUCUCAGCCAAAUGAGUAUAGGAAAAGUGCUUCUUUCAAUUUGAAUUCAUGCCAUGAUUUCUUGAGGCUAAUGGAUUAUACAGUUGCUGACAAAUAGUAGUAAUUGAUUUCUAUAGGUUUAGAUACACUUUUUAAUUUUGUGAUGUGUUACUUAUGUAUGUAUGUAUGUAUUUCAAAGAAAAAAAAAAGUUGUUUUGGGAUAAAUCUAAAUGAAAUUAAUUAGUCAAGAUGAUCAUGAGUAUGAUCUCUUGGAAGGAAAUUAGUGAUUACUAA